AUGAUGGAAGAAAUAGACAGAUUCCAAGUGCCGAGUGCGGUGCAGGAGGCGGAGAUGCAGGCUGAGAUGCAGCCGCUGGAUCCGGCCUCCUCCACGGCUUCAGAGGCAGACUCAGACACCAGGGAGGGAGAACCUGUUACCAUCAACUACAAGCCGUCACCCCUGCAGAUGAAAAUAGAGAAACAAAGAGAGCUGGCAAGGAAGGGCUCGUUGAAGAAUGGCAACACUGUAGGUAGUCCAGUCAACCAGCAGCCCAAGAAGAACAAUGUCAUGGCCAGAACACGGUUGGUAGUGCCCAAUAAAGGCUAUUCCUCUUUAGACCAGAGUCCAGACGAGAAGCCCCUGGUGGCCCUAGAUACAGACAGUGAUGAUGACUUUGACAUGUCUAGAUACUCAUCAUCAGGAUACUCCUCUGCCGAGCAAAUCAAUCAGGAUCUGAACAUUCAGCUGCUGAAGGAUGGCUACCGCCUCGACGAGAUCCCCGAUGAUGAAGACCUGGAUCUCAUCCCGCCCAAAUCAGUCAACCCUACCUGCAUGUGCUGCCAGGCAACCUCCUCCACCACCUGUCAAAUACAGUAA